UUUUAAUUCUGGAAUAGAAUUCACGUGUUCUCCGGAAAUUCCCUUCAAUUGUAAAUUUUCAAUUGUAAAAUAAAUAUACAAUAUUACAGCAUAUACAGUGCGUAUUUUUCAAGUUUCAUUCAAUCUAAAGCACCUUGGAUAUAAAGUUCAAGACAAUGCGGCCUUUAACAGACGAAGAAACGAAGAUUAUGUUUGAGAAACUAGCAAAAUACAUCGGCGAAGGCAUCAAAGAUCUAAUUGACCGACCAGACGGAGUCUAUUGUUUCCGACUUCAUAAAGAGCGAGUAUAUUACGUUGCGGAAGAUAUUAUGUUAAAAGCAACGAAUGUUUGUCGAGAAAAUCUCAUCAGCUUGGGUGUUUGUUUCGGCAAGUUCACGAAAACCAGGAAAUUUCGGCUUCACGUUACAGCCCUGGAUUAUUUAGCUCCAUAUUCAAAGUACAAAGUGUGGGUUAAACCAAGUGCAGAACAGACUUUCUUAUACGGCAAUCAUAUUAUGAAGGCUGGCCUUGGAAGAAUAACGGACAACACACCAAAAUAUCAAGGGGUUGUUGUUUAUUCUAUGGCAGAUGUGCCACUUGGUUUCGGGGUGGCAGCAAAAUCCACAGCCGAGUGUCGUAAAUCCGACCCGAUGACUAUAAUAGCUUUCCACCAAGCUGAUGUUGGGGAGUAUUUAAGAAAUGAAGAUUCUCUCACGUGAUCUUAUUUAACUAUGUGUUCGCAAAUAACAUCUAUGACAAAUAUCUGUGAUCUGUUUAAUUGGGAAAAGGUGCAGAUUAUCUGUGGAGUUGGUCUUCUGCAUUGCUACUGUUGUUUCAGGCAAAUUAUUAUUCGAUAUAAAAUAAAGGAGGCCUUCACGAUUUUUCUAAUAAAGACCAACUUUUCAAUACUUUGUCUUUACACGAUAGUAAA